CUAAUGAGAUAAUCGCAGAAAUUAUUAAGGAAAUAAGUUGAAGCUCUUGUGGUUAAAUGCUCUGUGCUGAGAGUAGUAACAAAUAAACAAGAAAAUUAUCAACCCAAUUCAUAAUAUUUACACCCACAAAUUUCCAACGCGCUCGUGCCACAAAAAAGAGAAAACCGACAACGCAAAAAAGAAUACAAAGAAAAAAAAAAUUGUCUUCCUGCUUUUGGCUCGUCGCAAAAAUUGCAACAAAAUACGGAAGCAAGGCCUGCAAAAACAGGCCAGUGCGGUUGUAUUACCAAUAUUGGUUCAAAUAAAUAAAAGAAAAAGUUCUUUGUUUGCUGCUAGUGAGAAAAGCGGAAAAAACAAACGAGGAAAAUUAUUUUUGUAAAAUACAAAUUCGUCGGAACGAAAAGACAGCGGAGGCAGCAAAAACAACAGCAACAGCAAAGAAUCUCUCUGCCACUCUCUCUCACUCACUCGCACGCGCUGUGGCGCGCUACACAACAACAACAAAAAUAGCAAAGAAGAAGAAGAAGACGACGGCAAGCAGCAAAUUUUGUAAAAAAAAGAAAACUUCUUGGCUUUUGGCUUGGAAUUGUAAUUUAGUGUGAGAUUGAGAUUUGAGACGAGGGUGCUUGUUGUUUUUGUUAUAUGCAAACGUCGACAACAACAACAACAACAACAACGACGACAGCAGCAAAUACACAGAAAAUGGAUUGCAAAUUCAUUGUAUUUAAUGCUGCCCGCGACAACAAUUUGGCUCAAUUGAAGUCCACGCUCUACAACAAAAGUGCCGCCGAAGUUGCCACACUGAUAUCGGCGAAGGUGAAUGGAGCGACGCCGCUGGUAAUCUCAUGCCGCAACGGACACUACGAUAUUGUGGAAUAUCUUCUGACAAAGUGUCGCGCCAAUGUGGAGCAGGUGGGCUCAGUGAGCUUCGAUGGCGAGCCCAUCGAAGAUGCGCCUCCCCUGUGGUGUGCGGCUGCCGCAGGACAUCUGGGCAUUGUCAGGAUGCUGGUGCGUCGCGGGGCAAAUGUGAACAGCACGACGCGCACGAACUCGACACCGUUGCGUGCCGCCUGCUUUGAUGGUCACUACGAGAUUGUCAAGUAUUUGGUGCAUCAUGGAGCGGACUUCGAGGUGGCGAAUCGUCAUGGCCACACCUGUCUAAUGAUCGCCUGCUACAAAGGACACUUUCGGAUUGCACAGUACUUGCUGUCGCUGAACGCAGAUGUGAAUCGUUGCAGCAUUAAGGGGAAUACGGCGUUGCACGAUUGUGCCGAGUCCGGAUCGCUGCAGAUACUUCAGCUGUUGCUGAAGCAUGGCGCUACCAUGGAUGUGGACUACUACGGAAUGACGCCGUUGUUGGCGGCCAGUGUGACCGGACAUAUGCCCAUUGUGGAACAUCUAAUAACAUUGCCCUGUGUGAGUCGGGAGGCGCGCAUCGAUGCCCUGGAGCUGCUGGGUGCCACAUAUGUGGACAAGAAACGUGAUAUUGCCGUGGCAUUGAUGCUGUGGCGACGCGCUCUAGACGAGCGCGCCUUGGAACCGCCACUGAUAAAGAAGGUGCAGGAACCGGUGGCGGCCUACGAACAUGUUAGUGAGGUGACCAGCGUUGAGGAGCUGGAGGAGCUGGUACUCGAUCCGGAUGAGAUGCGCAUGCAGGCGCUAGUCAUUCGACAGCGCAUUUUGGGACCGACGCAUCCGGAUACCAGUUACUAUAUUAGAUUUAGGGGCGCACAUUAUGCUGACGCAGGACGGUUCGAUCGUUGCAUCGAGCUAUGGUCCUAUGCCUUGACUAUGCAACAGAAAAUCUUGCAGCCACUCAGCCCCAUGACGCAGUCUUCGCUGCUAUCGUUUGCCGAACUCUUCAGUUUCAUGCUGGUCGAGGCCGGUCGUCUCCUACCUCGUGGUCGCGUCGUACCGCCCAUCGAGGCGGACGGCAUGCUGACCAUAUUCCAUAAAGCUGUGCUGGAAGUGGAGCGCGGCCAAGCCUAUACUCUGGAACAACAGCAGCAGCAACAACAGCAACAACAACAGCCAGCCACUAAACAACCGCAAUCAUCGACAACGCUACUCACCGGCCAUCAGCACGAUUGCAAUCACGAUCCUAACGCCUUGAGCCGUACAUUGGUCAGCGCCCUGCACAUCGGCUGCCUGCUCUCCUCACUACUCGACUCUGAAUCUUUUUGUCCGGAGAUGCGGCGACAGGUGAUGGGCGCCCUCUACCGGCUGAAUCGUCUGAAGGUUCAUGUGAGGUCCGGUCGGACGGCGUUGCAUUACGCCUGCUAUCGGGAGGGUACGCUGGCAGGUCGCUAUCCCUCGUGUCAGUUUCCAUCGGCUGCUCUGGCCAAGGCGCUUCUGGAAGUGGGCGCCGAUCCAAAUGCAGUGGACGAUGCGGGCAAUACGCCCUUGCAUUUGGCAGCCACACUGCAGCCGUAUGUGGAGCCAUUGGCGCACACGCUGCUGGAGGGCGGUGCGCAUUUGGACACUAAGAAUGCUGCUGGUGAGACGUUCGAGUCUCUGCUCGCGCCGACGCAACUCCACAAAAUCAUUGAUCCCAUGAAGCAUACAACGCUAUCCUGUCUGGCAGCGCGCACUAUUAAGAAACAUGGAAUACCGUAUGCGGAUGCGGUGCCUGCGGCACUCUUUAAGUUCAUAGAGCUCCACUAGACGCUAGAUAUGGGCGUUAUGGUUCUGCUCUAAUACCCGCCAUCCAUGCCAUGCCACGCGUGCGUUUAGCUGCUGCGAUAUUGGUUAGAAAUUAAAUAAAUGCAUAUAUAAACUAACUAACUACCUACUACCUACCUAUCUACCUACUAUACACAUACAUAUAUACAUACUAUACGGAUAGAUAAGGAUAAUGAAAACUGUAGCGUUGUAGUAAAUCUAAUGAUUAGGAACUGAUUUGUGAUGUAUUUGCGAGUGAAGAGCGUGCAGCGUUGCAGCAAUAAAUGAUGAUUGAUAAUAAUGUUCAUGCUGAGAAUGAUGAUUGAUGAUGAUGUUAUCUCAGCCUCAAUGGCCAGGCAAUAACGAUGUUACAACGACAACAAUGACGACGGCAACAAGACUAUUGUUUCAGCUGUUUGAAGAAAAGUUUUUUAUUCAUAAUUUUAAUAAAUGUGUUCUACUAGCUAUUCGAAAUACCUAUGUUUUUGUAUGUACAAGUAUGAUUAUAUAAUAUGUAUACGUCAUGUUGCACAGUGGACAGCUAGCUAGCUGAGCAAUAAACGAAAACAGAGUUGGAAAUCUAAAGCUCCAACGCAUCA